AUGACGAUUAGCGGCGUCGGUAAGCCGCAGGAAGGGAUGGCUUCGUCGGCGACGCCCAUCACCGCGGCGCCAGUCGGCGCCGUGGAUGAAGGUGCUCAGAGCGCUGCCGCGCCUGCCUGGCAGCUGCAGUUGCUCAUGGAGCGGCUAAGAACGCGAUCGGGGCAAAUGAAGUCGUGGCAAGAAAAUGCCAAGGCGUCUAAAGCAGUGCUCAUGGAACGACGAAUAUUGCCGGAAGCGUCGGAAAGGGCCCAAAUGCAGCGAUGUCUGGAUGCCUUGCAAAAAUCCAUUAAAGUUAAUUCGGUCGCCGGAAUGGUUCAGCGUUUGGAAGCCCUGGCUAAUCAAAUUGGGCUCAAAUUUUCAAUGGGAAGAAGCGGUCCGGAAGGCCUUGACGUCUUCUUUUCGUCCGACUUAUUCUAUGUGGAGAUUUUGCUGGUGCAAAAUGGUGAAGUGGGACGAGUGAAAAUUCAGCACAAUUCCGAUCCAGACACCAAGACGGUACCGGAGUUGGUGGAAGUUUUGAAAACGGGAAAUUUUGUUGAAUUUGCUGCCCACAUGGAGCAUUUAAAAGCUCUAUAUCAUAUUCAUUCGGAUUCGAAGUAUCGUGGCUUGGCGUGGGCAGUUAUUUCCUCUUUGGAAGCCGAUCUUGCCACGUUGGCCAAAAUGCAAGACGCCUUCAUCCCGGACACCUUUUCCUUGGUGCAUAAAACACCUGUUGGCAUUCUCGUGCCGAGAAGAGGAGGAAAACCGUUGGAAUUAACUUUUUUCAUCUCACCGUACGAACUUCUCGAUGAGAGAACAGGAGUUCCUACGUCACUAACGGUGGAUGUAGUGAGAGAAAAGUCAAUCGGCAAGCGUGGUUCUGUGAACUUAUUGCCGUCAAGCAGUAUGCACAAAUUGCAAAUCAUGUCUCUGAUCUCCAUUUCUAAAUAUCGGGAAGGCAACAGCUUACCGUCGUUCGUUGACCACUGUCAAACGAACAGCUCGUUGAUGCCGGCUUGCUUUGCGUUCGUUCUGAAAGUACCGAUUCCUUUGUGCGCCGGAGUGCUGAAAGGCAUAAAGAAAGUUACUGGUCUUUCGUCUGAAUGUUUGUCGCCGAAAACCGAAGUGAAACUUGACGAAGCCAUGAAGUCAAAGAAAGAAGAGGAUUCUGGAGACAUUGAUGAGGAGCUGAGGCGAUCAGCAAAGCCCUUCCUCAAUUUGUUGGUGGACAGCGUUGCUCAAGGGAAACUCAAUCUGUCGUCUUCUGGUGGUGAACGAACCCCCUUAUUUGUGACUUUACCAGACCAGCAGCACUGUUAUUACUUGAAAGGCCUCGUUGUUGCGGAUACGAACGUUCCGAAUCUUUCAAAUGGUUCAGCCGCUGACUUGCGCAUGUUUGGAGGUGAAGACGACGUUGAAAUGACGACAGUUUAUAAUGGAACAUUGUUGGGACUCAUGGUGUCGAGAUUGCCAUUCACGCAUCCCACGCACUUGCCACAAAUUUUGCUGCUCUUGCGACAGCAAUUGUUGCUGAAUACUUUGCUGGCUUCUUGUGUUCGGACUAAUUCUCGUCAAGAUUUCGAGUCGUCGACAGUUUUCGAAAUAGAGAUCCCUAGUGACUCGUGGCAGUGUGUAUGGGUGAGGUUUGAGCAUCCGCUCAACCUGUCCAUGGUUACGGCCGAAUUCGACUUGACUGACAUAUCUCAUCUCAAAUGUCGCCUCUUUUACGACGAAACGAUCGUCACACCAGAGGAACAAAUCCUGUGUUCAGAAGAAUACGCGUCGAAAGUGAUACAGAAAACGUUCUCCAUACCAGUAACGAUGCGAGCCAUAUUACGUAAGUUGUACGCGGGACGAAAAAAACCGGCAGAAGAUCAAGCGAAACCCGCUAUGGGUACUUUGGCUGGGCCUCAACAGCCGAACCUUCAUGGUCCGAAGAAAACCGGCUCGGAUAUUACGUCCGAUAUUCAACCAAAGCUGUCCAUUACGAAGAACGAAUCUGGCAGUGUUGGCAGUGCCGUGCAUGGUUCGAAUGCCGGCCCUUCCCCGGUUUUCGUGGGGCCUCAGGGUCUCAAAAGCCCUGUAAUCAGGGUUCCAAAAAUCCCUGGUCCACCCCUGCCGCCUGUUCUGAAGCCAGGGUCGUCGGCGACCAACACAGUAAGCGCAAUACUCCAGAGCGGCGGACACGUGACGGUCAAGCCUGGUUCGCUGAACGCGCGGAAGGGAGACGGCGCUUUCCACCCGCCGUCGGUUACGUCAGCCUCAUCCCUGCAUCAAAAGCUCCACGGUCCAUUGAUGCAUUUUUUAGGCCCUGCAGCGUCGGGGACGGCGGCGUCGUCGCUGUCGGGCCAGGUUAGCCGUCGUGGAAGAAAGAGGAAGAUCACGGCGCCGCCGACACCGUCGGCGCCGAUGCCCCGAUUGCCUGGUCGGAGCCCAAAACGAUUUGCCCUCGAUGACGGAUUCGGUGAUGAUUUUGACGGCUCCGUAUCGGCGCCGGCGUCUGUUGACGGAUCAUCGCCAUCGUCUGAUGAUGGGAAAGGUGUUCGAAGCAAUGUUCUUGCGGAGCACUUGAAAAUAUUUCAGGGUCCCGUGAAGAGCGAGGUCACUUUUCGGCCUUUAUCGAACCCGGAUCCGGAUCGAAUUGACGAUGAUGACGAAUUGGAUGAAGAGGAAGAAUCUAUUGCUGCGAUCUCAGCGGCAUUGAACCGCGGCGCGUUGGGCAAACCGACUCCGGUGGUGUCCAAGAAACCAAAACCCGGGGCCUCGUUUUCGACGUUGCAACGGUCGUUAUCGUCAAAUGCGGAUACGUCAUCUAUGCUGCUGCAUUUAUCCGAAAAAACUGCUUUGAGUAUUACUCCUGUGAGCAGUAGCAGUGUCGGGUUGAUGCCACCGACUGUAACGACGGCGCCAAGUGCAACGUCAACCUCAGUUUCUCCUGCGGCGUGUGAUAGCGGUAAUCCUCUGGCCAGAUUUGGCCUAGAACGCCGACCGGGUAUCGAAAUCAUUCCUAUAUCCUCUUCAUCAGCCGUGGCACAGGCACAGAAUCCUGAAAACGCCGACAUCCACAAAGAAGAGAAGAAAGUGAAGCUUCGCGACGUUCGGAAAGAGUCCGUGAUCGGAUCCACUGCGCUCCAGCCGACGACGAUGAGUGCGGAGAAAAAGUCGGAGAAUCGGAAGAAACGAAAGCGGGAAAAGGAGGCGGAGCUGGGUCAGUUCAUGGCCGGUCUGCCCACAGCCAAGCUGAGCAAAUACGGCGGCAUGGGUCCGCCAUUCUCCGGAACAGCAAAGCCAAUGAACAUUCAGGCGGCUGUCGCGAUGGCCGCUGCAGUGUCGGCGUCGGGUGUGAACAAGCAGGAACUACCGGCUCCUGUCACUAGAUCGCCAAUUACCCUAAAUAUCAAACAGGGAACAUCCUCCUUUAAGCGAUCAACGUCUGAUACAUCUAUCAAGGUUACUGGAAAAGUGAGCAACACAAACAGUGGUUCCAGUUCACCGACGUUUGUUAAAGCAGCCUCGAUCAGUCCGAAGUUCGGGUCUUCCGGUGGACCCCCGGGAAAGCACUUUUUGCCGCCGGCGACGGGUUCGAGUCCAAAUCGCACCGGUUCGCCGAAACCGCCAUCGUCUCCGAAGCAAAAUUCUUCCAGUAGUGGAACUGCGACGGUAGGUGGGCCACCUGGCGGGCUAGGCGGGCCACCGGGACUCAACCCCCUGGCGUUCACCCUGGGCGUUGGAGGAGUCGUCGGUGGCCCGCAGUCCAUGUCCAGCUACAAGAUUCCCAAAUUGAAGGACCGGACAAAGGCCGGUGUUCCUUCCGCAUCUGCUGCUACAACUACUGUUACUACGACUACUUCUGCGUCUGCUGUCUUCACAAGCACAGCAGCUUCAAAUCCCGCAACGUCGAGUGCGGGAGCCGUAGGCGUAACUGCGGCUGCAUCUUCCACAACAGUGACGCCAGCCAUGAUGUCAAAUUCUUCGGAAACCGUGUCUGGAAACUCGCCGGGUUCAGUUGCGCCUGGUGCGUCUCCGCCAUUGUCGUCGUCGGGCGUGUCCGGGGCCAUCGGUGGAGGCAAAAACGCAGCUAUGAAAAAUCGCAAGAGUUCCUUGUCCGCCGUUAUCGACAAGCUGAGAUCAUCAGCGGAAGGUUCGGAUGGCAUCGGAAUAGGCUCGACAACACCGUCAUCCUCCAGUGGCUCGGAUGACGGGAUGCGUGAUCCCUCUAAACCGUCCGACUCGGCAGCAUCGGGUGACGAGGCUACCAACGAGAAGUCCCUGAGCAGCCCGGCAUCUCCUUCCUUGUUGAGCGAGGCGGAAUUCAUCGUAAAGCCGUCCUCGCAGGGAAUCAAACUCACUGUGACGAAGACUCGGUUGUCGGAAAGUCCUACUUCUUUGAAGAUUCCGCGGGAAGUCGCGUCUCCGACUCCUCCGCCGCCACCGCUUGCGGAAGACAUGCUCAUGGAAAGACCGCUAGCAGAAGCCAAAGACGGCGAAAGGUCGCCGCGAACGGCGUUUUCUCCUGGUGCUAUUAGUCCAGUGGUGGCCCUAUCACCGGCGCCUUCGUCUUCCCAGCCGAAGUUGCUGCGACAAGCGUCGUUCGACGACUGCAAAAGUGUCGGUAUUGAUGAGGUGAUGGAAAGUAAGUCAGUGGACAAGCCAGAAAUCGAAAUCAAGGGAUCGGUCUCCGCUGGUCCAUCUGUUGUCAUGUCAGACGAAUCUCCGAUGGCAAUGCAGGAUUCGCCGGCAUCCUCAAAUGCCUUGAUUCUUCCCGACGACAAGCCAGAGAAUGAUCCAAUGGUUGAAAAUUUGGUGCAAGUUGUUGAAGAAGAUUCAGUAAAAGGGAAAAGCAAGGAGAUGAUUGGGGAGAAAGUUGAGGAAGACGUGGCCGAAGUGGUUCAUUCAUCAAUGAGUGGAAACUUGCUGAUGGAAAUCGACCCGCUGGAGACCGCUGUUGUUAUUGUCGAGCCAACAUAACUGGUGGUUGUUCGCUGUGUUUGUUUUCACGUUGGAAGCAGACGAUUGACUCUAGCUCAGGCGGCUUCGUGUGGAUGAAACUGCGGCGAAACUGAGUGUCAAUUUUAUGGAUUUUUACGAGUCCAUAAUGAAAGUAUUACCAAUGAAAGAAAGCUGGUUAAUUCCCGGAGUUUUGAUAAAGCAACGCGUUCCACAUUCUUCACUUGGUUUCUUUCGUUUGCCGAGUAAAGGGAAAAUCGUUCGUCAAAGUUACACUGGAUGAGAAAUGAUUUCCGUUAAAUUUUAGUACGGUCACUUUUUCGCUUUUCCAGGAUGCCCUUUUUUGCAGCUUCUGUUCGAUUUGUUGAAUUUCAGUCUUUCACGAAAAUUGUUUGAGUCUUCGUGUGCAGUGAGCUGCUGUCUUGUCUGUCGAAACGGAUGUUUCAUUGUUGCCCUAUCGCUUAUAAAAGGCGGGAAAUCCCGAUUUCGCAUGAUUGUGACGCCGAGUUGGAAUACGUACGAGGUAUUUUUCGAAAGUUCUGCAAGUCACCAGCAUAUUUUCUUUGGAGAUGUAUGGAACGUGGUAGUGAAUUCUUAAUUUUUUUACGGAUGUGAAGAAAUUACAUCUUGUGACAGCCAGAUAGAAUUGAAUAGAAUCGAGAAGAACUUUAGUAACUUAUGGGAACAUCAAGAAGACAUCGACAAUACAAUUUUCCUGCUGAAGCUGUCUGGCGAAAAUCCCCAAUUCUUCUGGGAUUUUUUUUUUUUUUUCAAAAAUGUCAUGAAGAAAAGAUGCUACUCACUGAAGAAAUUUUCAACGAAAUAUUACUUUUUUAGCCCCAAAAAAGGUUUUGAUGAUAAAAAAAAGCAUCUGCUUCUCACGUUCCUCUGGCCGUCAUGGGUUUAUACCAAGUUUUUGGUUGACAAUAGUUCGAGGAAAGGG